AUGAUGGAGCCCUGCUUGUAUAAUUCGUCAAUUUGUCGAUUAUGUGCAGAGGAUAAUGAAAAUGGAGAAUUAUUAUUUCGUAAUGACUCUGAAGUGAACGAUUUGAGCGCUAUGGUCAAUCGUUAUUUACCCGUUAAAGUCCACGAUGAUAAAAAAUUUCCUCGAACAAUUUGUCCAGGCUGCAAUAUUCAAUUGGAAUCAACGGCUCAAUUUUUUGAAUUACUCAUAAGAGGUCAAGAGAAAUUGCAAGCUAUGUGGGAAAAACAAAUUCAGAUAGAUCAUAAAUAUGUUAAUGAUCACAAUGUUAAAUAUUAUAUUGAAAUUGCGGAAAUGGAACAAAAUAAUUCUGUAAUUGAACUAGAAGAAAACAAUUUGAAUGAAUCUUUAACUAAAAGCAAAUAUAAAGAAACAAAAAGAAAGGGCAAGAAAUCAAAAAUUUUGAAUAAUGAAGAGGAAAAGUUGAGGAAGCCGCAAUACCAAGAAACUGUUGAAAAAGGAGAUGAAUUUAAUGCAAAUAUCAAUGAAGAUAAAAGAGUCAAAAGGCAUAGAAAAACUCCCAAAAGAUUUGUGGAAAGCUUACGAGGAAAAGAAUUAGAUAAUAUUUUUCAAAAUGAAACAGUUUCACAUAAGAAUAUUCAGAUUGAAUAUAAAUCUAAAAAUUAUAUUAAAUCUAUUAAACAACAAGAUAUCUUAUUACUAAGAAAAAACCAAACAUCAGAUACAACUCAAAAAUUGGAAUUAAAGAAUGAAAAUUCAUUUUUAUGUUUGCCCUGUAAUAAAAUUUUCACAGGACCCAACGAGUAUAUCAAACAUGAAAGUACACAUGCUUCAGUUUUUAAUAAAAAAUGUCGCUUUUGCCCACUAAUUUUUAAUACUUUGGAAGAUUUAAUGCAUCAUCAACAAUUGUGUUCCCAUGGGAAUGAAGAAUGUUCUGAAAUAAAUUUAAAUCAUGAAAAAGAAAAAAGUUCUCAAAAAAAUAUCGAUUUCAUGAAUUCAGAUAAAGAUAACAGCUCUUCUGUAGUAACUGUUUCUCAAGAUGAAGAAAAUAUUACAUAUAUUUUACCACAUAAUGAUCAUUUAUUAAAAGAUAUUGAUUGUGAAUUUUCUGAUGAAAGGCUUGAUGAAGUAAAAGAAAAACACAAAAAGCUGAGUGCCUUAGAUGAUGAAAAUGUUUCAUAUCGAUGUAAAAAGUGUAAAAAGCAUUUUCAAACAAGUUUCAAUUUAAAAAACCACAUAAAAAUUGUACACUUAGGUAAAAAACCAUUUGUUUGUGAAAUAUGCAACAAAGCAUUUUCUUAUCAAUCUAGUUUGAAUGGGCAUAAAGAACUCAAUCAUCAGAUAAAAUUAACAAAUGAUGGUUGUGCUUGUUCCGAUUGUGAUCAAAUUUUAGACGAUUCAAAUGCACUUUUACAUCACAAGGUAAUAGAACAUCAUAAUCAUAAACGUUACUCGUGUCAAAAAUGUGAAAAAAGUUUCAAACACAAACAACUCUUACAAAGACAUCAGCUAGUACAUUCAGAAGACAGACCAUAUCCAUGUGAAAUAUGUACUGCUUCUUUCAAAACCAAAGCAAAUUUAUUGAACCAUCAAUCAACUCAUACAGGAGAAAAAAGAUUUGCUUGCCAUUGUUGUGAACAAAAAUUUGCUCAUAAAACUAGUCUUACUUUACAUUUAAGAGUUCACACUGGUGAAAAACCAUAUAAAUGCGAUCAAUGCCCUAAAAGUUUUUCUCAAAAUGGAAAUUUGCAAGAGCAUAUGAGAAUUCAUACUGGAGAAAAACCGUAUUGUUGUGAAUUUUGCAAGCGAAGAUUUACAACAUCUUCACAAUAUAAAUUACAUGUAAAACGUCAUACUGGGGAACGACCUUGGGUGUGUGAAAGUUGUGGAAAAACAUUUUUGCAUAAAGAUACUUGGAAAACCCAUUUGCGUAGGCAUACCGGAGAACGCCCCUUUCAAUGUACGGAAUGCAAUAGAAGAUUUACUGAACAGUGGGCGUUAAAAAAACAUAUGCGACGUCACACAGGAGAAAAACCGUACAAAUGUGAUGUAUGUGGAAAAGAAUUUGCAGAUUGUUCAAAUCUAAGCAAACAUAAGAAAAUUCAUAGAGUUCGUGAAUCAAAUGAAGUGGAAAAAUCUAAGGGAAAUAUUUGGCAAAGGUUGAGAGAUGGUCAAGAAAAUAUUAAUUUUGUUAAUGUCAAUGAGUCUCAAGAAAACAUAACAACAGAAAAUGAAAUUUCUCAAAUAAUUUAUGUAGCUUAUAAAAGUCCUAAACAAUCCAUUCCUGGCAAAACUAGCACCACAGUGAAUUUCAAAUCAGGCUUACAGACAAGUAAUAAUGGAUCAUUGAAUGCAGAGCUUGAUGCGGAAUCCAAUUCACUGCUUCAGGUAACAGAUGAAGAUGGAAACACCAUUCCUCUAUCCGUUGAACAGGCAAAGCAAUUAUUUUCUGAAGGACAAGUUGUAGAUCAAUUGAAUGGAAACCAAAUCAUUCGAAUCCAGCCGUCAAACUCUUUAGAAAUUGAUGAAAUCUCUACUACUAUUGUACCAUUGAAAAAUAACACUUCAUCAUCCUCAGUAUCAAAUAUACAACAAGAUGCUGAAAAUAUGGAGCAAAUCUUAGAGGAUAAGAACACCGUCAAUAUGGGAGUCGCACAGAUAAAUCAAAUUGAUGCUGGAAAUCCGAUACAACUGGAUGGUAAUGAACAAGCCAUUGUUUUUGAAAUACCAGAUGGACAAAAAGUACAGAUUAUAAAUGCAUCAUACCCCUUACAAUUAACAUCAGAGUACCUGAAUAUGAUAUAAAUUAAAUUAAUUUAGAAUAUGCAAUGCUUUAAGAGUUAAGACUAGAUUUUGAUAUUAGAUAAAGUAAAUUUCAUAAAAGUCGAUAUCGAUUGACAAAUUAAAUUUGUAACAUUAAAUUAGGUCAAAUUACUCUCUCAUAGUUUUCUAAUUUUUUACUUUGAAGCAUUAAUGGCAUGGCGUUCAGUUACUGAUCAAUAAAAAAUCAUUUUGCAAUAUUAGUAUUAGCG